AUGUCGGGGUUAGUAAUCACAAGACAAGCACGGGAAGACGAGAAGAGGUUCCGCGGGUCAGUAGUCCCAAGACAAGCACGGGAAGAUGAGAAGAAGUUCCGUGGGUCAGUAAUCGCAAGACAAGCACGACAAGACAAGAAAAAGUUACGCUGGUCAGUAAUCGCAGGACAAGCACGGGAAGACGAGAAGAAGUUCCGCGGGUCAGAAAUCACAAGACAAGUACGGGGAGACAACGAGAAGUUCCGCGGACAAGCACGGGAAGAUGAGAAGAGGUUCCGCGGGUCAGUAAUCACAAGACAAGCACGGGGAGACGAGAAGAGGUUCCGCGUGUCAGUAAUCACAAGACAAGCACGGGAAGACGAGAAGAAGUUCCGCGGUUCAGUAAUCGCAAGAAAAGCACGGGGAGAGGAUAGGAGGUUCCGCGGGUCAGUAAUCACAAGACAAGCACGGGAAGACGAGAAGAGGUUCCGCGGGUCAGUAAUCACAAGGCAAACACGGGAAGACGAGAAGAAGUUCCGCGGGUCAGUAAUCACAAGGCAAACACGGGAAGACGAGAAGAAGUUCCGCGGGUCAGUAAUCACAAGGCAAGCACGGGAAGACGAGAGGAGGUUCCGCGGGUCAGUAAUCACAAGGCAAGCACGGGAAGACGAGAAGAGGUUCCGCGGGUCAGUAAUCACAAGACAAACACGGGAAGACGAGAAGAGGUUCCGCGGGUCAGUAAUCGCAAGGCAAACACGGGAAGACGAGAAGAGGUUCCGCGGGUCAGAAAUCACAAGACAAGUACGGGGAGACAACGAGAAGUUCCGUGGGUCAGUAAUCGCAAGACAAGCAAGUGAAGACGAGAAAAAGUUACGCGGGUCAGUAAUCGCAAGACAAGCACAGGGAGAAAAGGAGAAGUUCCGCGGGUCAGUAAUCACAAGACAAGCACGGGAAGACGAGAAGAGGUUCCGCGGGUUAGUAAUCACAAGGCAAACACUGGAAGACGUUAGGAGGUUCCGCGGGUCAGUAAUCGCAAGGCAAACACGGGAAGACGAGAAGAGGUUCCGCGGGUCAGAAAUCACAAGACAAGUACGGGGAGACAACGAGAAGUUCCGUGGGUCAGUAAUCGCAAGACAAGCAAGUGAAGACGAGAAAAAGUUACGCGGGUCAGAAAUCACAAGACAAGUACGGGGAGACAACGAGAAAUUACGCGUGUCAGUAAUCACAAGGCAAGCACAGGGAGAAAAGGAGAAGUUCCGUGGGUCAGUAAUCGCAAGACAAGCAAGUGAAGACGAGAAAAAGUUACGCGGGUCAGUAAUCGCAAGACAAGCACAGGGAGAAAAGGAGAAGUUCCGCGGGUCAUUAAUCACAAGGCAAACACAGGAAGGCGAGAAGAGGUUCCGCGGGUCAGUAUUCACAAGGCAAACACGGGAAGACGAGAGGAGGUUUCGCGCUAAUCACAAGGCAAACACUGGAAGACGAGAAGAGGUUCCGCGGGUCAGUAAUCACAAGACAAGCACGGGAAGACAAGAAGAGGUUCCGCGUGUCAGUAAUCACAAGACAAGCACGGGAAGACGAGAAGAAGUUCCGCGGGUCAGUAAUCACAACGCAAACACUGGAAGACGAGAAGAGGUUCCGCGGGUCAGUAAUCACAAGACAAGCACGGGAAGACGAGAAGAAGUUCCGCGUGUCAGUAAUCACAAGGUAAACACGGGAAGACGAGAAGAGGUUCCGCGGGUCAGUAAUCAGAAGGCAAACACGGGAAGACGAGAAGAAGUUCCGCGGGUCAGUAAUCAGAAGGCAAACACUGGAAGACGAGAAGAGGUUCCGCGGGUCAGUAAUCACAAGACAAGCACGGGAAGACGAGAAGAGGUUCCGCGUGUCAGUAAUCACAAGGCAAGCACGGGAAGACCAGAAGAAGUUCCGCGGGUCAGUAAUCACAAGGCAAGCACGGGAAGACGAGAAGAGGUUCCGCGGGUCAGUAAUCACAAGGCAAACACGGGAAGACGAGAAGAGGUUCCGCGGGUCAGUCAUCACAAGACAAGCACGGGAAGACGAGAAGAAGUUCCGCGGGUCAGUCAUCACAAGACAAGCACGUGA